AUGGCGGGUUUUCAGCGUGAAUCCGGGAGACAGUAUUACAUGUCGACGAAGACUCAAAUUCAGCUGAAAGUUCAGAUGAAUCCAAACCGGAACGACAACGGAGUGCUGGUGAGACUAAAAAGUACGAUGUUUUAAUUAACUCUACAGUUGUACAAUAAUUAAGUCAGGUGACGUUUUUGCAAAAUCUCCAGGUUUUUUGCUCAACCUGAAGGUUUUUUUUAGCCCACCUCCAGUUUUUUCACUCUUAGGGGUUGGCAGGUCUGCCUUAAUCUCGUUGAACGAAUAACAAAGAGCACAUUCAAGUAAAAGAUGUGAUAACCAUGGGUCAAUAGGCAUGUUUCUUUCACUCCAGUGUUUAGAGGAUAAAAUAACCGCAAUAUCAGAAAACCGGACUGAAGUGGAUUUAUAUUAUGACUUUGUUUUUGUUCAUUUGCGUGAUCCUCGUCAUCACGAACAUCCGAUCAGCUUGCUUAAUUCUUCUUCAAGUCAUUCCUUAAAGCCUCUGAUUCCAAUGUUAAUUUUUUCUUUUUCUUUUGUUUCUUUUAUGCCCUCUUCGAUAUUUGAGUAAGCACGUUUUUAUAAUUGCGUGCAUUUUGUUCAACUGUCACACAGUUAACAAAUGUUUUCAAGAGGCCGCCCAGGAAAUUUAAGAAUUUGAUUGAAAGGCAGAUGCGAAAUAACUUCAAAUGACUGAUUCACUAGUGUAGAUUCGCAAUGCAUCAGAAACGUCUUUGCGACAAAUUAAGUAUGGAGACAAAAAAAAGGGAGAAUUUGAAAAGAGGUACCCUAAAGAAUCCAACGAGCGACCUCUUUUGCUCUGAUCGGGAUUAAGAGGCGAAUAAGAAGAGCCAGGAGCACACUUUUUAAGUACAGCAACGAGUGUUCUCUUUGAUCCAGUUACUGCCGAAACCAUUGCAGAAGCACGUAAUCCAAACAUCAGCGAUGUAUUUGAGCUGUGCUGUUCACUUUCAGACAGGAAAGAAAGAGGUUCUUUUACUUUCAGCGCUAGUGGCAGUAGUCACUUUAAGAGUAAAUUGUUGGACAGAGCGCGGGAUGACAUGGUUUGUGCUCCACUACAAAAGAUGA